AUGGCGGGCUGGUAUACUUUGAGUAUUGCCCUUUUUGCGGCUAUCGGCACAUUUCUCUUUGGAUUCGAUACCGGAAUUGCAACGACAACUAUCGCCCAUGAAAGCUGGAAACAGUAUAUGGGCCACCCUUCGGCUGGUCUUACCGGAGCAGUUGUUGCCGUGUACAUUGCCGGCGAGGCAGUCGGUGCCCUGACGCAGACCGCUAUUGGCGACAGGCUUGGCCGUCUUCGAUUCAUGGGGCUGAUGUGUGUGAUUGUCACAAUUGGAACCACGAUCCAGACCGCGUCGAUCAACAUCGGCAUGUUUUUGGCAGGUCGAGCCCUGGCUGGCUAUGCUGUUGGCGGAAUGGUUGCCACUGUACCCAUCUACCUCAGCGAGAUCUCCGACCCCCGGUAUCGUGGUCUGAUCGGUGGUAUUUCAGGUUGCGGCAUCUCGUUCGGCACCAUGGCUUCAAACUGGGUGGGAUAUGCCUGCAGCUAUGCACCGUAUGGUGCCGUGCAAUGGCGGCUACCGCUCGCCAUUCAGAUCCCGUGGGGUAUCAUUAUGUUCGGAGGAUUGGCCACAUUCAUGCCCAACUCGCCGCGGCACCUGAUCAGGAACGGCAAGAUCGAGCAAGCGCGCAACGAGUUCGCGAAAAUACGCCGCGAUCUGCAUUCAGACGAGGUGCAUCGGGAGUUUGAGCUCAUGCUUGCACAGAUUAAGUACGAGAAGGAGCGUGAGAUCACGUCCUACCGGGAGAUCUGGCGGUUGUUCCGGCGCCGGGUGAUGGUAUCGGUCGCGGUGCAGACUAUGACCAGUCUAACUGGCGUGAAUGUCAUUCAGUACUAUCAAACAAUCCUAUACAAAUCCCUCGGCAUCGAUUCGCACACUAUUCUUGCCCUGGCCGCCGUCUACGGCACCAUCGCUUUUCUCACCAACUGCCUCACGACAAAGUACCUGACCGAUCAAUGGGGUCGUAGAAAAAUGAUGCUCACUGGCCUCGGCGGCAUCAUCGUCAUCGAAAUCUACGCCGCGGUCAUGCAGCGUCUGUUCCAGAACACAGACAAUCGCAUCGGAAAAGGCUUCGCCAUCCUCGGCAUCUAUCUCUUUGUCGUCACGUACUACGGCAUGCUCAACAGCACGACCUGGCUCUACGGCGCCGAAGUCCUCCCCAUCGCCCUGAGAAGCAAAAUCAUGGGCCUGGCAGCGGCGUCGCAUUUUAUCGUGAACGUUGCGAUUACCGAAGCCGGACCAAGCGCCUUUGCGAAUAUCCAUGAGAACUACUACUACGUCUUCGUGGCGUGUACGCUGUUCUUCCUGGUCGUGGCGUACUUUUAUUUCCCUGAGACGAAACAGAAGACCCUCGAGGAGAUUGCCGCGUCGUUCGGUGACAAGGUCAUUUUACCUGAGGACCGGGUCGAUGAGGAAGACGACGACGAGGAUGAUGAUGAUGAUGAUGAUCUGAAGGCGAAGCCGAGUUCGCAGCAGGUGGAGGUGGCUGUGGGAAAGGCUACGGUUUGA